AUGGCUGCCGCUCGCAGGGCCCAGGUCGACCAGGCGCUCGCGUCUCACGAGGAGCGCUUGGACCGCCUUGAGCGGGCGUCGGCGCGUCACGAGUCCAGCCUCAAGGUUGUCCUCCGCUCGACUGUGCUGGUCUGUGAAGGUUUCACGGUGGCCGACCAGUUCUAUAUGAACAAGCAUGGUCAGCAGCUUUGGAGGGAGCUUCGCGAGGGCUGGCCUGAGGCGGUGUGCUCUGAGGCCGCGCGUCACCUCGGGGUUGCGUGGCCGUUGGAUGAGCCCAUGAGCGGCGUUGUGGAGAGCGAGAGCGCCAGCGCCCUGCGCAGCCUCUGGCGCGUCCUUGCCACGCCCGGCCUAGUGACGGGGGUCUGGGAUCAGAGCAAGUGGAGCGAGGACGGGGCCAACUGGGAGAGAAUCCCUGGCACGUUCGUCACCACGAUGGCCUUCGGCACCGAGUCUUUGCUGGUGGAGAGUGCCUUGCGGCCACUCGACGCCCUUAUGCGUCGGGCGUCAGGGCUGGUUGUGCGGGGCCAGCAGACCCGGAGCCCAGAUGAGCCCGAGCGCCCCAGGGUGCUGCUCUACCUCGAGCGCCCGGAGAACAAGGGGAAGGGCGGCACGGGCCGCAAGGGAGGCGAUGGCGGCAAGAGCGGCGGCAAAGGCAAGAGCAAGGGCAAGGGCUCGAAGGGCUCCUCCAAAGGCAAGAAGGGCGGCAAGGGCGGCAAGGGCGCCGCGGGCGGCCGGGGUGGAGUGGUGCAGGCGGCGGCGCUGAGUCGUCCCAGGCCGUCCGGCCGCGUGCUGGCGCGCCCCGCUGCGGCCGAAGGUGGUGGUGCGGACGAUGGCCCGGCGGCCGCGCCGCCUGGCCCGGCGGGUGGGGCGGAGGCGCCGGGCGCAGCAGCGGCGGCCGCGCCUGGCCGCUGA